CAUUCUUGAAAUCAGCAACACGCAGGUCACUGCUCCGGCGAGGAGCCCUUAAAGACAACCGCUUGAAGAAUUAAUAGAGACCACCCUUCUUCUUCCUCUUUCUUCAUCUACAUUGAGGAAUCCAUUUGAGGUUUCUAUUUUUGUAGCAACUUUCUAAUUGUAGCCAUUAAAAAAUGGGAAAGACUCCAAGUCCUGGUAAAUGGAUCAAGUCCCUUCUUGGGAAGAAAUCAUCGAAGUCGAGUUUGGAGAAAGGAAGCGAGAAAUUGAGAUCUGCGAAGAAAGAAGAGCCUGUGGUGAAGGUGAAGGGUAAUAAUGUCUCAAACUUACCUACCGAUCCUCCUGUAGUAGUUUCAUCACGAGAAGUUGCAGCUACUCAAACUGUAAUAGUCCCAGAUGUUGUAGCCCCCGAGAAGCAGCCAAGCAGAGACAUUGAAGGCGAUGAGUCGAAUGUGAAUCUUGAGUCAGGGAAUGACACAGAAGAACUCAAGCUUGAAGAAGCUGCUACAAAGGUUCAAGCUGCUUUCAGAGCUCGUCAGGCCCGUGAAGAGUUUCAAACGCUUAAAGGUGUCAUAAAGCUGCAAGCAGUUAUCCGUGGCCACUUGGUAAGAAGACAAGCUGUUGCUACAUACUCAUGCAUUUGGGGAAUUGUGAAGUUACAAGCUCUUGUUCGCGGGAAGAAAGCUAGAUCUUUAGACACCGGUGUUCAAUCUCAGAAAACAAAUACGGAAACCGAGAAUUCUGAAACGUUUCAAGGAAGCACAUACAGUUGGCUUGGGAAUCCCACGAAGCUCUCCAUGAUCGAUAAGCUUCUAGUUUCGUCACCAACAACAUUGCCUCUGAAGAUUCAGUAUGGUCCUGAGGAUCCUAACUCAGCCAAGGUGUGGCUUGAGCGCUGGACACAAUUGCAGGUCUGGGCUCCUGGUCCACUGGCGCUUAAGAAUCUGAUUCCAAAAGCUCGGACAAAGAAGCGAAGUUUUCAAUCAGUUGAAACGGAAAAGGGAAAACUGAAGAGAGGUAUCAAGAAACCAUUAGGUGGUUCAAAUCUUGUAAAUGGCUCUAGUAGCCGUUCUACAGCUGAAAAUGAAAAGCCUAAGAGAAAUGUGAGGAAGGCUUCAACGCUUGGUAAAGAGCUUUCGAGAAUCGAGAACGACAAGUCUAAGCAGACUUCAAGAAAAAGUACUAGCGCCAUAAAGGAAGGGUCUUCAUUGGAGGUUAAAGAUGAGAAGCCUAGAAUUAGUCUCAAAAAGGCUUCACUUUCUAAUGGGCUAGAGAAACCUACCCGCAAAUCUGCUGAGAAGAAGAAAGAGGUUGCAGAUUCAGUGCAGAAAGAAUUGCCUGGUGAUAAGGUUUCAGCUCCUGUAGUUGAUACUCCUGAAGAAGAAAAGGUGAAAGAUACCCCUGCAACAGUUUCGGAAGAGGCUGAUCUCGAGAAAGAUGAUAACUCACCGGUUCUGGAUAACUCACCGGUUCUUGAUAACUCGGAGCAAGUUGAGCUCAAAACCGCAGAGAGCAUUGAUAAAGCUGAAGAAGAAAUCCGAGAGCCAGAUGUGCAGAUUAUGAGCUCCGAAAAUGGAAAUGCUGCUUCUGAAAACACAAAGCCAAGCGAUAGACGAGCUUCGCUGCCUGCAAAGAUUGAAAAUCAUCAUCAAGACGACGGACUUACACAUAGCGGGCGAAAAAUCCCAAGCUAUAUGGCUCCAACUGCAUCUGCAAAAGCAAGAAUAAGAGGACAAGGGUCUCCAAGAAUUGCUCAAGAGAAGCCAGAGAAAAACGGGACAACUAGACGCCAUUCUCUUCCUCCUGCAGCCAAUGGUAAGCUGAGUACAAUGUCUCCAAGAGUUCACAGACUUCUCAUAGCUUCAGCUAAAGGAUCAAUGAACAGUGACAAAUCUUUUUCGUCUUCCAAGGACAUUGGUGAUAAAUCGACGAAAGCUGAGUGGAAACGGUGAAGUCCUUUUGAGGCAAUAGAGAAAGCAAUCCAAAUCAUCAUCCUCUUCAUCUUACACUGUUGGACAAAGCUCUGAAAACCUGUUUAGUCUUUUUAACUGUUUCGCUUCUAUUUUUUUCUGUGUGUUUUGGUUUGGUUUUGUUUGGUUUGGUGUGGUGAGUCUUUGACAUGUUCCCUUUAGAUUUUUACUCUCAGAUGCUUUGUCUUCACAAACAAAAAGGGUUUUUAGUAAAUAGUUCUUAUUUCUAU